CCCUUCCAUCUCAGUGCCGAACCUGCUCCGACUGUCGCGCUUCUCGUGCUACUGCAGACAGAAUUCGCCAAUGUUCGGCCUCCGUCUUCGCUGCGUCCGAUAAACGACCUCUCUCGUGAACGCUUCCUGGUCAUGUCGUUUCGCAGGCACCUAUUGCGAUCCCAACGUGGACUGUCCCUGUAUUCUCGUUCCUGCUAGGUCGCCGCUCCAAGCCCUCGCGACUUUCCACCAAUUCGGUGGAACAACAGCUUUUCUCGUCUGAUACAGGUCGUCCACCACGCGUCUACGAUUGGAGGGUGCUUUUGCCAUGGCGUCUAGUUCAAGCGAGGCUGCAGGAACCCCGGGUCAGCUGCAGACAAGCAUCUGUCCGACGUGGGUCGAACCGGGGCUUCAGGAAACCGCAUAUGGAGAUGCAGAUACCCGAUAUACGACAUCCGAUCUUCGACGCGCCCACACUGUAACACACGGCACGAACACCAUGGACAAACAUACCGCGAACGCCAAAACAAUUCGGGAGCAGAUAGCGACCUCCUUUCUGCGCGUCAAAGAUAGUCAUGAGCUCCUGCGGAAGCGCUCCUUCAAGCGGGCUAAUCCCUCUAAGGCUGCCGGCGACUCCCUACCAGCAUCCAGGGAGCCCAAUCAUUUCACAGUGGGUAAUGUUGGCCAAAAUGGGACCAUUUUUCUCAGGCCGAUUCACAACCCAUCGAUCAAAGAACCCUUCCAGGCGCCUUCCGCCCCUCCUCUGAAUAAAUCUCGCCAAGAGCAUCAUUUACAGCCGCACGCACAUACUGGACGCGGUGGGACCGAGCCCUCUAGGUGGUCGAACUCACAGCUCUCGGAAUUUCGCCCAGAUCUCAUUCCAGAAGAAGACCCCGAGGAUGACGAGUCGGUCGACACAGAAUCAGCGCACUCCCAACGCCAUCAUCCUCUCCACCCUCGGCCUCGUAAAGUGCAUUCAUUCUCCACUGUCUCCGAGCAAUGGUCCGAGCUACGUGCAGGUCGCCCGGGAGAGCUUCAGAUAUUCAUCGAUCAAGCAGCCGACAGACCUAAAACUGCUGAUGAACCGCUACGACGCCCAUCGGAGAGCGCCCUGAUUCCAUACCAUCUGGGCUGGUCGCCACCAAACCUCGACAAUGAAGCACCGCUGCACAGCUCAGUAUAUGUGAGGACAUCUCUAUCGACUGACAUGCGCGCCUCAAAUAUCCCCCGAGACUACUGGAUCGGCACUGCGGCGCCCAAUGCUUAUAUCGGUGACCCAAUGCGGCCUUCCUUCGUCGGUUCUUUCUUUUCUGGAACUGGUGCCAUUGAGAUGCCCCAGCGAGCGGCGAUCAACGAGCACUCGGCCUUCUACGAGCCCAAGGAGCCGAUUGAACCUUCAAUCUUCGAGAUUUUGGCUUCGGAAAUGGACAAAGAAUCGGUUGUGCGCUACAUUGCCGGCACAAAAGAAAUCAGCGCUGCUACCCCAGCACGAAUUGUGGCACAGAUAUCUUCGGCCUCUUUCAUGGACUACGAGCUUGUCUCGGAUUUCUUUCUCACCUUUCGUUCUUACCUUGCCCCUAGCACACUCCUGGCACUGCUACUAGCUCGGCUCCGAUGGGCAAUCAAUCGACCACAGGACGACGGCAGAAUUAUCCGAAUCCGUACCUUUGCCGCUCUUCGACACUGGAUUUUGAAUUAUUUUGCAGAUGAUUUUGUUCCGGAUUACAGCUUACGAGCAUCAUUCUGCGAGAUGAUAAACAGCAUGUACACUGAUGUGAAGGCCCGGCAAGGAGGAGGAAUGAGUGAUCUGAAGAUUCUCAUCGACCUCAAAAGAUGCUGGUAUGGCAAGUGCUCAGUCUACUGGGACACCGCCGAACAGCAUGUCGCAUUCCACAGCCCAGAGAUUGCUAUCAGACCGGGCGGCCGCGAGGAUGAAAUCACUUUGGAAACCGGUGGUAAUACCAUGCUGGCUGUCGGUGGUCCGGAAUUCAACAUGGAGGCUGGUCUCGAACGUAGUGUCUCUCACACUGCUAGUCACCACCAGCGCAACAAUUCUGCUACCACGACGGGGAGUCUCCCAAUGACUACAAUGAGUGACCGCAGCAUUCAUGCGACUUCGUGUUCUCUGCCGCCUAAAUCUCCGAAACGACUCUCUUUGGCUGUGACCUCGAACAAAGCACCCCACCUUGUACCACUUGCACCCUUGAAACUGACAUCCUCUCGGGAUGCACUGCCUUCUUCACCUCUAAGUACCCGUCGCCAUCCAUAUUCGGGCCAUAAACACAAACGUAGCGGCAGCUUUUCCGACUCUGUCAGAGAUGAUCGCGCACCCUUCUCGUUCCUAUCCCCGGGACAGCACCCUACCGUUUCUUCAUAUGGAGUGCUCAAUUUAGGUAGUCUGAUACGCGGCGAACUCUACCCUCCGGCGGAGUCGUACACGAUAAUGAUGGCACCACCAUCCCCUCCUCUACCAUCGUCUGCUAGAGACAAAUCCCCUAAUCGACGAAGCACUUUCAACACAACAGCCAAACCUAGCUCUUCCGGGUCCGGUGUAAAAACCAUCAUUGGAUCAAUUCGCCGCGCUCUACACAGUCGCCAUGGAGGACCUGGCGGUUCUCGCACCACGCAGGGACAAACGAACCCUUCUUAUCUGGGGAAGACCUCGGCGCUUCCCAAUAAUGUCGCAUUUGGCUCCGAUCUAUACCGUGAUAAAAAAGCAACUGCGGCGACCAAACGGCGUAUUAGAAUUGACACGCUGUGUGACGAAGCCUUACGACAAUACCGUGCAGCUGUCACUGACCAAGCGGAGACGAAGCCAGUCGUCUUGCGUUCUGAAUCUCCACGGCAUCCGACUGUAACGGCUGAUGAGAUAGAGCCUCACCUUGCCACACCCGGUUUGACCAGAAUGAACAGUCAGCUAACCACAGGUAGUGAGUCGAUUGUCAUUGUGGAUGGCACUGGCCUUGCGGUGCCGAUGAUGUCCGGGGCCCUUGGCUCGAAUGCCGGCCUCGAAGAAGCUCCUCGGUUCUUGGAUACAGAGACCUCCUCGCAGAAUUUGAGGGCUCCAUCCUUGCUCGCACACUCUCAACGCUCGACUCUAGCCACUGGCGAGUACUCACUUCCCAUUUACCUCGACGAAAGCGAGUCUAGCCCUUCGACCAGGGCGUCCAAAUUUCUUCGUCCUUCCUGUCCAAAUACAUCACGCAGAUCAUACUCAGUCGAACGCGGAUCAGCAUCUUGGAAACAAACCUCGCCCUCGCUGCGCCUGCGUAAAUAUGCGUCUUUCCAAAGCGGGAUCUCCAAGCUGCGCCUCACGUUGGGUAGCGAGUCAGCCGUCCCAGUCCCAGGACAACACUCGCGGCAAGAAGUGGAUAGACCUGCAGGCCCAAUGCUACGCAGGCGUCCUGGCGGAGACCUUCGUCAAAUGCGGAAUGAGAGCUGUCCUCAAUCUCGGGUUAACUCGGAAUUGAUGCUUUCUGAUAUGAGUUAUCGCACUUCUGGUGCGGACAGUUUCGAUACUCAGCUUGAGAACCUCGGCUCCAGACCUCAGACAAGUCUUAUUCCACCGAACCCGCGAUACUCUCUGAUGACAACACAUUCAUCUCAGAACAUGCGGCGCUCAUUCGAGGCUGCCAUAGCUCAAUUCGCGCAAAUCCCGGAUGAUGGCGAUGGAGGCGUAGAAUCAGCCUUGCUGAAGCUGGAGGGCAAGUGGCAAGGUCAACCGGCUUCUGACCAUGAAGCAGUCCCCGUUGGAACAGAGACUUGUACUCAAGGUUAUGCUCUUGGUAGUGUUUGUGAAGAGGAUCGCUGUUAUCAAGGUCAAGCUGUGCAACAUCAUCCGAGUUCGGCCAACGCUGCUGGACGACGCGAGACAUUCCUUGGAGACAGCUUGACUUACUCACAGAUACAGGGACGCCUCGUUCAUCGUCGGGACAAUUCCCGCUCGGUGGCAGAAACAGAAAAUUCUUACAGCUCAAUCCCGCUUCUCGAGCGGGGAUUGAGUGAUGAUUCAAUGAAGAAGCCAAACAGUCGACCAUCGUCGAAAGUCGCUAGCUCAUCUCGCAUGCAAGCCAGCGAUAUCUCUACAUCGGGCACAAUGAAUGUGGACUCAUCACAUUCGUCUCUUGAUAUUGUAAAGAAGACCGAGAGCUUGAAUCGUAUACCACGAGGUUCUACGCUUCCAACCGUUCCUCACGAGUCGCGCAAGCAAUUCGGGCGCCUAUCAGGAUUAUCCUCGGAGAUUUCCGUGGACCUAGUCGAUACACGAGAGGCGGUGGAGCAACGGCUAUCUCUCGAUACACACAGGCUGAGCGAUAUGUCCUUGGGAAUUCCUACACAUCCUCUUGCCCAUCCGCCGUCCCCUCCGAUGACCAUCCAGAACACUCGAUCGAUCUCCUGCGCCACGCCUCUCAACCCGGUGUUGUUCCCAACAGAACCCCUGACGCCUGACCCAUCUCCCAGAAACGCUGCGGAGCAAGCAGAUGGCCGAGCCCUGGAUGUGCAGCAUGUAUCCGGCGAUGUCCUUUCCCGCUCUGAAAAGCACCGCCAACUCCCUCCGCCAUUGAACAACAACACCGAACCCGACCAUGUGCCAUUUGUUCUCUCUUGCGAGUCUCACGUUCUUGCUCAACAGCUGACCUUAGUGGAGAUGGCCGCAUUGAGCGAGGUCGAUUGGCGGGACUUGAUCGAUAUGCGAUGGAGCAGCGGCUCACCCUCAGCACUCAGCUGGAUCCAAUUUUUGAAGGAAGGAGAAAGUCGGGGCAUUGAUCUGGUAGUAGGCCGCUUCAACCUGAUGGUCAAAUGGGUGCUCUCCGAAAUUGUUCUUACCCUCGAUCUACAUGAGCGGGCCCGGACGAUUGCCAAAUUCAUUCACACGGCGGUCCACGCCCGGCGGAUGUGUAACUACGCAACAAUGCUUCAAAUCGCCAUUGCUCUAUCAUCUACCGACUGCUCCCGACUGCAGAGCACGUGGGCCCUGGUUCCCCCCGCCGAUAAGCACCUGUUGAAGGACAUGGAAUCCCUGAUUCAACCAAUUCGCAACUUUCACGACCUCCGCGUAGAGAUGGAAACGGCCAAUGCUCAGGAUGGCUGCAUUCCGUUUGUCGGUCUCUAUGUCCAUGAUCUCACUUACAAUGCACAAAAACCGGCGCAGGUGACUACAUACGAUGGAGAACCCUUGAUCAACUUUGAACGCUACCGUACCACGGCCAAGAUCGUCAAGAGUCUUCUUCGUUUGAUUGACUCCAGCACCAAGUAUAAAUUUGACCCGAUCCCGGGUAUUAUCGAACGCUGCCUGUGGAUCGCAUCGCUCUCCGAAGAGCAAGUCCAGCUGCGCAGCAAGCAGCUGGAAUAAACACUAUUUACGGCUUGACAUAUGAUGAACCAUGUCGCUACACGAUCAGACUUAACGAGAUGACAAACAUAAUAAUUUGGGAGGAUGGAUUGUUUUAUUGCAUGGAGC